AUGCCGAUUCCAACGACGGAGGAGGACAAGACUGACAACGUGUCCAAUACAAAACCCGAAUUUGGACUCUCUGGUCGAAGAAUAAUUUACGACAAAGAUGGCAAACCGUGUCGGACGUGCAAUGAGUUACUAGACUUUCAGUUUGCAACAGGGAAAACAAAGCCAGCUAAAUUAGCUAUGCAGCUGGCUUCUGAGAAUGUAACCGCAACUCCUCAUAGCAAACUCAAAUACGCGAAGGAAGAGCCACCAGAUGUUGCGCAGCUAGGCAAAUCAUCAUGGACAUUGCUUCAUUCAAUAGCAGCGACUUUCCCAGAAACACCAAAUACCAAACAACAGCAAGACAUGAAACUGUUUCUCAACUUGUUUGCUGGUUUUUAUCCUUGUUGGUACUGUGGUGAAGAUUUUGUCAGAUACAUGAAUAAGCAUGAGCCACAAACAAAAUCGCAGGAUGAUUUGGGGAAAUGGUUAUGUGAAGCUCACAACGAUGUUAAUAAAAAGUUGGGGAAACCACAGUUUGAUUGCCAAUUUUGGAAGCAGAGAUGGAAAGAUGGAUGGGACGAGUAG